UACAGUAAGCAUCAAAAUGGAUAAUCGUUAUAAAGUUAAAUUAUUUUCGUUGAUAUUGAUAAUUUUCUCGUGUCUUCCAGUGGAUAUUCGCUGUUUGUGCAAUGACACCCUAGUUUUAACCCACGUUAUUUUCAGACAUGGUGACCGUACCCCAUCGAAAGGGGGCCUCUGGAAAUCCAACGAAUACUACAACGAAACUUUUUAUGCCCCAUACGGUUAUGGCCAGUUAACAAACCAAGGGAAACUGAAGGCUUUUCAGUUGGGACAGUUGCUGAGACAGCGUUACAACAGAUUGCUUGGUACCACCUGGAGUACGAAAGUGUGCGAAUCCUGGACAACUGACUAUGACAGAACCAAAAUGUCUCUAUCUUUGGUGCUCGGUGGGCUGUUUCCUCCCGAUAAGGCUGUACGUUGGAAUAAAGAGAUUUUAUGGCAAGCGAUUCCUUAUAGUUAUUUACCGGUGGAGCAGGAUAAAGAGUUGUCCUCGUGGGCUUGCCCUACGGUGGUGCCCCUCAUAUAUUCCAUACCAGACAAUAUGAAAAAAUUAAAAAGUUAUGACCAAAUGUUGGAAACUUUGAACAAUAACACUGGAGAGGAUUUCGAUUACAUUUCAGCACUGGACGUGUAUUUCGGCCUAAAGACUCAAGAGGAAAUGGGGUUUCCAUUGGACCAUUGGACCAAAGCAGUGUAUCCAGAACCUUUACGCACUUAUAUAGUGGACUUUUAUUUUAUAGAGACAAGCACUAAGGAACUUAAGAGGAUUCUUAUAGGUUAUAUACUGAAAAAAAUAAUUUCGGACACAAUUAAAAAAAUUGAUGGCACACUAGAACCUUUGGAAAGAAAGAUGUUUUUAUACUCGGGCCACGAGGUUAAUGUAGGUACAAUGUUGGCUGCCCUAAAGUACAAUUUAACCGAGGUUCCUCCCUACGGGGCCCACGUGACAUUUGAGGUCCACAAGAUUCAAGGUAUUUAUGGGAUUAAAAUGUUUUAUGACGAUUUAUUGGAGAAAAGGGAGUUCGCUUUAGAUGGUUGCGAAACUUUUUGCUCUAUAAAUGAUUUUGUGAGGUUAACGACUGAUAUUAUGCCGCAAGGGGAUCAAGAGUGUUAUGGAACCCAAUAGAAGAAUUACUUAAAUGAAAUAAAUAAAAGAAUCGCUUACCUCCUU